UGCGUGAGCCCCGUGACGUCACGGCCUCGAGUCUCCCAUGCGCCUGCGCGGCGAGCAGCUGGCGGAACCGGCGACUUUGGCGCCAGCUUCCGGUUUAGUGGCUGUACCUCAGGCUUGACGUCAGGUGUUAAACUGGAAGAUUCAUCACCACUUUGAUGGCUGCCUCACAAACUUCACAAACUGUUGCAUCUCACGUUCCUUUUGCAGAUUUGUGUUCAACUUUAGAACGAAUACAGAAAACUAAAGGACGUGCAGAAAAAAUCAGACACUUUAGGGAAUUUUUAGAUUCUUGGAGAAAAUUUCAUGAUGCUCUUCAUAAGAACCAAAAAGAUGUCACAGACUCUUUUUAUCCAGCAAUGAGGCUAAUUCUUCCUCAGCUAGAAAGAGAGAGAAUGGCCUAUGGCAUUAAAGAAACUAUGCUUGCUAAGCUUUAUAUUGAAUUGCUUAAUUUACCUAGAGAUGGAAAAGAUGCCCUCAAACUUUUAAACUACAGAACGCCCACUGGAACUCAUGGAGAUGCUGGAGACUUUGCAAUGAUUGCAUAUUUUGUGUUGAAGCCAAGAUGUUUACAGAAAGGAAGUUUAACCAUACAGCAAGUAAAUGACCUUUUAGACUCAAUUGCCAGCAAUAAUUCUGCUAAAAGAAAAGACCUAGUAAAAAAGAGUGUUCUUCAACUUAUAACUCAGAGUUCUGCACUUGAGCAAAAGUGGCUUAUUCGGAUGAUCAUAAAGGAUUUAAAGCUUGGUGUUAGUCAGCAAACUAUCUUUUCUGUUUUUCAUAAUGAUGCUGCUGAGUUGCAUAAUGUCACUACAGAUCUGGAAAAAGUCUGUAGGCAACUGCAUGAUCCUUCUGUAGGACUCAGUGAUAUUUCUAUCACUUUAUUUUCUGCCUUUAAGCCAAUGCUAGCUGCUAUUGCAAAUAUUGAGCACAUUGAGAAGGAUAUGAAACAUCAGACUUUCUACAUAGAAACCAAGCUAGAUGGUGAACGUAUGCAAAUGCACAAAGAUGGGGAUGUAUAUAAAUACUUCUCCCGAAAUGGAUAUAACUAUACUGAUCAGUUUGGUGCUUCUCCUGCUGAAGGUUCUCUUACCCCAUUCAUUCAUAAUGCAUUCCAAACAGAUAUACAAAUCUGUAUUCUUGAUGGUGAGAUGAUGGCCUAUAAUCCUAAUACACAAACUUUCAUGCAAAAGGGAAUUAAGUUUGAUAUUAAAAGAAUGGUAGAAGAUUCUGAUCUGCAGACUUGUUAUUGUGUUUUUGAUGUAUUGAUGGUUAAUAAUAAAAAGCUAGGGCAUGAGACUCUGAGAAAGAGGUUUGAAAUUCUUAAUAGUAUUUUUACACCAAUUCCAGGUAGAAUAGAAAUAGUGCAGAAAACACAAGCUCAUACUAAGGAUGAAGUAAUUGAUGCAUUGAAUGAAGCAAUAGAUAAAAGAGAAGAAGGAAUCAUGAUAAAACAUCCUCUGUCCAUCUAUAAGCCAGACAAAAGAGGUGAAGGGUGGUUAAAAAUUAAACCAGAAUAUGUUAAUGGACUAAUGGAUGAAUUGGACAUUUUAAUUGUUGGAGGAUAUUGGGGUAAAGGAUCACGGGGUGGAAUGAUGUCUCAUUUUUUGUGUGCAGUAGCAGAGAAGCCCCCUCCUGGUAAAAAGCCAUCUGUGUUUCAUACUCUCUCUCGUGUUGGCUCUGGUUGUACCAUGAAAGAACUGUAUGAUCUGGGUUUGAAAUUGGCCAAAUACUGGAGGCCUUUUCAUAAAAGAACUCCACCAAGUAGCAUUUUAUGUGGAACAGAGAGGCCAGAAGUGUAUAUUGAACCUUGUAAUUCUGUCAUUGUUCAGAUUAAGGCAGCAGAGAUAGUACCCAGUGAUAUGUAUAAAACUGGCUGUACCUUGCGUUUUCCACGAAUUGAGAAGAUAAGAGAUGACAAAGAGUGGCAUGAGUGCAUGACACUGGAUGACCUAGAACAACUUAGGGGAAAAGCAUCUGGAAAGCUUGCAUCUAAACACCUUUAUUUAGGUGAUGAUGAUGAACCACCAGAAAAAAAGCGAAAAGCUCCCCCAAAGAUGAAAAAAGUUAUUGGAAUUAUUGAGCACUUAAAAGCACCUAACCUUACUAAUGUAAACAAAAUUUCUAAUAUAUUCGAAGAUGUGGAGUUUUGUGUUAUGAGUGGAACAGAUAGCCAGCCAAAACCUGACCUGGAGAACAGAAUUGCAGAAUUUGGUGGUUAUAUAGUACAAAACCCAGGCCCAGACACAUACUGUGUAAUUGCAGGGUCUGAGAACAUCAGAGUGAAAAACAUAAUUUUGUCAAAUAAACAUGAUGUUGUCAAGCCUGCAUGGCUUUUAGAAUGUUUUAAGACCAAAAGCUUUGUGCCAUGGCAGCCUUGCUUUAUGAUUCAUAUGUGCCCAUCAACCAAAGAACAUUUCGCCCGUGAAUAUGAUUGCUAUGGUGAUAGUUAUUUUGUUGAUACAGACUUGAACCAACUGAAAGAAGUAUUCUCAGGAAUUAAAAAUUCUAACGAGCAGACUCCUGAAGAAAUUACUUCUGUGAUUGCUGAUUUAGAACAUCGGUAUUCCUGGGAUUGCUCUCCUCUCAGUAUGUUUCGACGCCACACCAUUUAUUUGGACUUGUAUGCUGUUAUUAAUGACCUGAGUACCAAAACUGAGGGGACAAGAUUAGCUAUUAAAGCCUUGGAGCUUCGAUUUCAUGGAGGAACAGUAGUUUCUUAUUUAGCUGAGGGAGUGUCUCAUGUAAUCAUUGGUGAAGAUCAUAGUCGUGUUGCAGAUUUUAAAGCUUUUAGAAGAACUUUUAAGAGAAAGUUUAAAAUCCUAAAAGACAGUUGGGUAACUGAUUCAAUAGACAAGUGCAAAUUACAAGAAGAAAGCCAAUAUUUGAUUUAAAGCUAGCUUUCCUAGUGAAAGCCUCUGAUCUGGCAGACUCAUUGCAGCAGGUGGUAAUGAUGAACUACUGAACUACAUUUUAUUUUUGUAUCUUAAAAAUCUAUGUCUAAAAAGUAUUGUUAGACAUAGGAAAACAAUAAUUUUAACUUUUAAGAUGAAAAGACAAUGGCCCAAAGCCAAGAAAGAAAAAUAAGUGACUCAAUGAUUUUUUUAUGAUUAAGGUGAAAUAAUUAAACAGUCCAAAGAAGAGGUGUUUUUUAUAAUAUCCAUGUCGAUAUCUCGAAUUUUUAUUUAGAUACUGAUAAAAUAGAUUUCAAAACUUUUAAAGUUAUGAUAAGACCUAAACAGUAUAUUCUAAAAAAUCAAAACUUUAGUAAUAGUUUUUAUCUGAUAAAAGCAUUGCAAGAAAAUAGGGUAAAAUUGUUACAAUUGGACAUGUAAAAAUAUGUCUUUUUACUUAGAGUUUAAAAUAUCCCUUUUACAUGUGAAAUACUGUAAGCAAAUUUGUUUUUUAAGGUUAAGACCAAAUGUGAUAAUAAAACUUUGUCAAUGAUGUUUUUAGCUAAAUAAGAGGAAGUUGUAUGAGACGUAAUGAUCUAAAAAUUUAAAAUUGAAUUGGUUUGAUUAAAAAUAAAGCUUGCAGUUUUAAAAGUAGCUCACAUUUAAUUUAAUUGUGUGAAAUAGAACAUGUCUUAAAGGAAGUAUUUUUAUGUGAAUUUGUAUUCCAGCAUAAAUAGUAUUCACAAAAAGUGAUUUUUCUAGAUUUUAUCUAUUUAAUAGGUGUCAUUAUAGAUUAUUUAAAGUCAGUAUAUAUGGUAUAUAUUAUGUAUGGAUUUAUAUACCAAAUUUUGGAAUACAGUCUAUCUCGUGACCAUAUUGAAAUGUAUGGAAUUUGAUCUGUGAGAUACUAUAUGUGUAUUAUUUGAAAGUAAGGAAAUUUUAUCCAGACUAUGAGACAAAUGUAUGUGAUUUUGUUAUACUUCUUAAUUUAAAUAAAAUAUUUAAUAUACUAUUAAAAUAA